AUGGCGGCCUUCUCAGAGAGAGCCCUUGCUGCUGUAUCCCUGGCCCUUCGAGUUCUCACGCUCCUCCUCCUCAUAGCUUCUCUUAUCAUUAUGGUGACAGACAAAAUUUAUGUUGGACCGUUUAGCGCCGUAGAGGACCCACCAAAUUUCACCUUUCGGGACCGUUUAGCAUACAGGUAUGUUGUAUCUGCAGCCGUCAUUGGAUGUGCUUACACUUUGCUGGUGCUUCCAUUCGCCGUCAUCCAUUUAGCCCAAGGAAGGAAAAUUGGCCGCGGUGGUGCUACAGUUGUUCUCAUUUUCACUGAUGUGGUGUUUGCGAUACUGAUUGCCACAGGAGCUGCCGCAGGCCUUGGUCUGACUGUUGAAACGAUCCAGCGUCUUGCAAAGUUUAUGAAUUCGGACUCCAAGAAAUUUUUAAACAUGGUGGACCUCUCGUGUGGUUUGAUGUUGGGGGCAACUGUCUGCAUGGUGUUCAUGAUAACCAUCUCGGCUCACUCGCUCAUCUAG